AUGGAACGAUCUGCAACAGUUGAGAAAAUCAUUGAUUUGAUUGGCAGGGGGAGGUGUAGCAUUGCAACUGCAGCAGGAGUGUCACACUCUCUGGUACGGGCUGCAGUGUUUCGACGAGUUGCUGAAGUAGCAGCUUGGUCGAUGAAGUGGGCUUCCAUGGGUCGGUGGCCUGAUGCAGGGUUUGAUGGCAAACCAUUUGCAACCGGCUCUGCAAGGGCCAAAAUGUGUGGACAACCUUUAGCGGAUGGCUUCAGGGCAUGCUAUGUUGGUUUCAAAGCUGACUUGAAAGCCCGGCAUGAAUGCCAUGGGUUUUCUCGUUGGUACAAGAGUUCUUUGAUAUGUGAGCAGUGCUUGGCCCGAAGAGACAUCAAAUCCCCUGACAGCAUGAACUACCGAAACUUCACAAGUUCUGCAGCCUGGCCCCUUACCAUGUUGGACCAUGACCAAUGGAUGACACUAGGGGAACAUUCCGAUUGGAACCUCGUUGAAGGAUUUCGGUUGGAAUCUGUUGGGUUUGACCUUAUGCAUAACGUCUUCUUGGGCGUCGGCAAAGACUUAGUUGGUUCCGGCCUCAAGCUUCUCAUUCAACAAGGAGCCUUUGACCACGUUGAAGGUGUUCACGAUGACCUGGAUAAGGCAUUAGGAGUGAUUCACCAGGAGAUGGUCCAAGAUUGCAAAAACCAUGGGUUAUUCCUUCCCUCUAAGCCUGUGCUUUCAGUGGCUGGUCUUUGUGGGGAUGACGAUUACGCAAUGCUGAACAGUCGUUUCAAGGCAUGCCAUUGCAAAGUCAUGGUGUGGUGGUUAGCGUUCAAGAGUCAGCAAGCUGCUGAUGCCAAUCAGGAUGACCGACUAUUGCAAGUCUUGGCAACUUGUUGCUAUGGCAUGCAACGAGCUAUUGAAAUUCUUGACAACUCUGGCCUUUUGAUGAGUGAAAGUGAUGCCAACGAAACGGCAGAAUGCCUACAGUUGCAUUUGGUAACUUAUGCAUGGCUAGCUGCGUACUACUGGGAAGAAGGAGUUUUGCUGUUUAGGUUUCGGCCGAAACACCACUAUUUGUUUCACCAAGCUGUGCAGAUUGCGGAAUGGAGACUCAACCAGAGUAUCUUUCACACGUGGGACCAGGAAUCUUUUUUGGGGAAAAUCAAACAGAUAUGUGUAAAAUGCCAUGGGGCCACAGCUACUGUUCGUGUCUUCGAACGGUAUUUGCUGUGCAUGGCCAUGAUGUUGGAACAGCAUCGCCGGGUUCAAUCUUGA